AAACACCCGAGCUUAUUAACCUUGACCUCUGACAGUGACUUUGUGGCUGCAGCAGCAAAUAGAUUGGUGGGACGUUCCCAUUCAGCACAACGAGUAAACAAAGAACGAGAGAAGGAGCCAAAUUGGCGUGUUUACAAAAGCUCGAGCAUUUGCGGUCCCACUCGUUAAGUAGCUACCCUCGUGGAGGAGAGAAAAAAAGAAAGAGGAGAAAAACUGCAAGAGGAAGAAGAAAAGGUUUGCUAUUUUAUGCUACAGUUCUCAUGUUCUUGCUUGUAUAGCCGCACAUUUGGGACUACGAGCAGCCCGAAUGAGACUCGCAACAGCGAGCUCUCAACUACCAGCGUAGCUUCCUAUAUGAUUGUGGCUCGAGAGAUGGUACUCGUUCUUUCGAUUUACCGGCCACUGCUCCUUGGAAUUUCUCUCGGCUUUACAACAAAACUUUUAGCGUGUGCAGUGGUGCUAGAUCUACCGCAGCCUGGCACUCUGCAAUCAAGGAUCGUGCUGUCGGAUAAAGCAGGAACACGCACAGAGGCCGUGUGCAUAUACCGGCAAACAGAUUACGAAAGAAGUGAUUAUAUGUGCACCGGAGAGGGAGGCUCUCUCCGUGCGACACAAUGCUCUGCAAUUAAUGGGGGAAUGGAAAAUCCCUCUAGAAUGGGUGGAGGAAAGUGGACUUGGAGCCAUGAGUUACAACUGUCCGAUGGUUCCCGGAGGAACUACAAAAGCUGUGAAAAUGUGGCGACCUCGGUGUGCACAGGAUACCAGGGGUGCUGUCCGACACCACGGCGUGAGAUAUUCCAUUGCUGUGAGAUCUUCUAAUCCAGGGAACACGAAGAAAUACACAUGGCCUUAUAUUCGACUUUGGCUUGGCUCGCCGUGCUACGUGAUUUUCCGCAAACUGGCCAAAGAACUACUAAUAUCAACCAACUAAUCUCACCGUCAUUUGACGUCAGCCUACAUUGCUGCCGAGCUCAUGGUGAUGAA